AGGGCAUGGAAGGUUCUAGAGAAAAUCGAGGUUAAAUAACACCAAUAAUAUAACCCACAGUGAAAAUAACAAUGGUUAUUCAUAUGACUUUCCAUUGCAGGGGGCUGUGCCCCCGGGAACACCCCCUGGGGAGGCUGCCGCCCCCAAACCCCCUCCGAGGAAACAAAACCUCCACCACGUAUUCCCAUCAGGCGAGAGCGUUACACAAUUCUCGUCAAUCGCGGAGCGGUGGACGUAUUUACCUCGUCGCCCCGGAUAUAGUGCCCAAGUUUGCCACUAACGGGGGGUUUCCGCGCAAUAAAACCUACAUAUUUGGAAUGUGGACAGUUAGAGGAAUCCAACGAUACCAAAGUCGUCGAUAUCGGUGUGGCGAAGAUUAGACACACAAGAGAAGAAGAUAGAAAAUUCUCAAUGGAUCAGCAUAUAGCCUUUGCAAAGGGUACCCUGGAACAGUUUAUUCGCCAAGUAGAAUAUCUGAAGAUCAAUGGCUUCCCAGGUUUGUGUAGUGACCUAGCAGAAAUAUCUGGGGCUUCAGAAACUCUGGCAGUGUGGCACAAGACAGAGAGUGAGAAUGGUGAAGCUACAUUCAAUGGUAAACCUAGUGAUGAGUUGCUGGUGACCAUGCCAUUUGCUGGGACCUCCUUCACAGUGCGUCUCCUUUUCUACCUCCAAGAACCUUGGAUGCCCCCAGAUAUUUCAUUUAGUGAUAUACAGUUUUUGUCAAGACUUUCUGCCCAGGAUCUCACUGAACAGGUAGGUAAUGUGCAAGAAUGUGUGAGGUAUGAAUUGUAUUUUUCUUUCAUGUAUUAGAAUUCCUAAUAAACU